GUGGCGCCCUUUGGAGUCCGCCCCCGCUGACCCGCGGCCAAUCCACCCAUCUCCGGCCGAGCACAUCCGUCGGCGACGAGCCCCGCCUCUUCGCCACUCCCCACCUCCGCCGAGGAGGCGAGGACUCGACGCUAGAAGCUCAUAAGCACUGUGCUGAUUUCGGUUAUUGGAUCCCUCAAACUGUGAAAUGCUUGCCAAAGGGAGGAAAGUUGCUGGAAGGAGCGGAGACAUGUCCGCACACUAUGCAUUUGGGCCACAGGAAGAUGAUGCAAUUAUUAAACAUAGGCUUCUGACCAGGACAACAACUACCAGGGGUGAACCACCACUGAAGAAGCUUCAGAAGAAGUUCAUGUCCUUUGCCACUGAGGUUGAGAAGGAUGCAGACAACAUCAGCGAUUGUGAGAGGCUGUACAAGUCCUUUUUACAGGAAAUCAAUACUUUUGAGCUGCCUCUUCUUAAAAGCAAGGCCGUGGUUGAUGCAAACCUUAGGGAGAAGGAGAGCUUCAACGAGCUACAAGAUGAGAUUCAGCGGCAAAUCUUGCAAGCUCAGACUGAUAUUGAGGAUCUCAAGAAGCAACUGGAACAGAGCAAGAUUGAGAGGCAGCACAAAGAGGAGUGCGAAGCAAUCAGAAAAAUGGUUUCUUUGCAACCUCCACGAUCAGAAACAGAGAAGCUCAUUGCGGAUCUUGAAAAGGAGAUUGCUAAUUUGGAGGCUGAGAAUACAGCAUGUAUAAGGACUCUUGAACUAAGGAAGAAGCAGUUUGCUCUUCUUCUUCAUGUGGUUGAGGAAUUGCAGAUCUCGAUCGAAGAUGAGCAGAGGAGCAUAGCGGAAGAACUGAGAGCUGCCACCGAAGAGCAGAAGAUGAGCAUAGAGGAAGGUAGUGGCGGUGCUUCAGAUGCCAUGGCUGUAGACUGAUUGGCGAUCCCUAGAAGAAAAGCAUGUUGCGUCCUUGCUUCCUCAAAAGGCAGCUACAUUAUCUUGGGACUGUAUAGCACUGAAUCGCCUUGGUCGUAGAUGAUAUCAUCAUCUCUUGUAGUUACAGUUUCAGUCUUAAAUUGUAAUGUUGUCCUUUCUUGACUGAAGUAACAAAACAUUGUGGUGUGACAUAUGCACCUCCGGGUUCCAACAUGUAUGCUUGUUAUUAUUAUUUACUGAACAAUCAGCAAUGUUCUUCAUU